AUGCAAAAGGGCAAGUGUGAACUCCUCCCCGAUCUGCCCCCAAGGCUCUCGGUGGAGCCCCAGGCAUGGCCGGGAGGCCGAGACGUCCGGGUGACAGUCCGAGCGCCCAGCUCCCAGCCUGAGGAUUAUGCUGCCCCGGGGCUGGGGCAGAGAAAGACCCUGGUCGUCCUGGAUAUCGUCUGUCUGCUCGUGGCCUCCGUCCCGUUCUUGGUCUGUGAGGUUGGCCUGGUCCCCCCCAUGCGCCGCGGCUUCUACUGCAACGACAACAGCAUCCACUACCCGCUCAAGCGGGCGGAGACCGUCAGCGACACGGUGCUGAUCUCGGUGGGGAUCCUCAUCACCUCUGUCUCGAUCGCCCUGGGCGAGAGCUACCGCAUCCACUCCCUGCGCCUGGGCUCCCGCUCCUUCGUCCCCAACCCCUACGUGGCCGUCCUCUACAAGGAGAUCGGCGCCUUCCUCUUCGGCUGCACCGUGGGCCAGUCCCUCACCAACAUGGCCAAGAUCACCGUUGGCCGCCUCCGCCCCCACUUCCUGGCCGUCUGCCGGCCGGACCUCGCUCUCCUCAACUGCUCCCGGGGCUACGUGGAGGAGUACGCCUGCACUGCGGGGCCGUCGCAGGAGAAGGAAGCCAGGAAGUCCUUCUACUCCGGCCACGCCUCCUUCGCCAUGUACAGCAUGACAUACCUGGUGUUCUACCUGCAGGCGCGGUUAACCUGGCGGGGCGCCCGUCUGCUGCGCCCCCUGCUGCAGUUCAUCCUGCUGCUGCUGGCGCUCUACACCGGCCUCACCCGCAUCUCGGACUACUGGCACCACCCCUCGGACGUGGCCGUGGGCUUCCUGCAGGGGGCGCUCAUCGCCUACUGGGUGGCCUUCCACAUCUCAGGCAUGUUCCGCCACAAGGCCCCAGCCUCCUGCCUGCCCCCGCUUUGCCCCGAUAGCCCGGACUCCAGUGGCCACACCAACUGCUAG